AUGCUUGUUAAUCUCUUGCUCAAUCCUUCUUGCCGUCAAUUUGCUUUCUCCGCCAAAGGCUUCAACUCCUGGGCUUUACGUAUUCGAAAUGCUCCCUCCCUUCAUAAAGCACUUGCUAUCUUCUCCCAGAUGCACCGCCAAUCCGUUCCUCAUGACAGCUUCUCCAUUCUAUUUAUGCUCAAAGCCUGCGCUUCUUCCAACAAUCUCUCCAUUCUUCACCAUCUUCAUGCCCAUAUUACUAAACUUGGUUUCACUACCCAUGUCUUUGUCGCUACAUCUCUCCUUCAUUCAUACGUCCUUCACUCCUUUCAACUUGCUCGAUUGGUGUUCGAUGAAAUGCCCCACAAAAACUCGGUUACCUGGAACACGAUGAUUUCGGGCUAUUCCAAGACAGGGGAUGUACACACUGCUCGCCAGUUGUUUGAUCGAAUGCCCUCAAGAGACUUGGCAUCUUGGUCCGCCAUGAUUGCUGCCUACAUUAACAAUCGCAAUUACAGGGUUGCUUUGCUUCUUUUCCAAGAUAUGAUAAUUAAUGGUAUUAAUCCCGAUCAGAUGGCGGCAGGAUCGAUCUUAAACGGCUGUGCUCAUAUGGGCUCGUUAGGAUCGUUGGCUGGAAAAUCAGUUCAUGGUUUUGUGGUCAAGAAUAGGUGGGAACUCAACCUGGAACUUGGGACGGUUUUGGUUCAUAUGUACGCCAAGUGUGGACUUUUGAAGUAUGCUUGCCAGAUAUUUCAUUUGAUGUCUGAAAGGAAUGUCAGGACUUGGACUGCUCUGAUAUGUGGGUUGGCCCAUCAUGGCUGCUGCAAGGAAGCAUUAGCUUUAUUUGAGACGAUGAGACAUGAAGGUGUGGAACCGAAUGAAUUGACUUUCACCGGGGUUUUAAGUGCAUGUGUUCAUGCAGGGUUGGUUCAAGAAGGCCGCAAAUACUUUAAUAUGAUUGAAGAAUAUGGCUUAGAAAUAAGGAUUCAACAUUAUGGUUGCUUCGUUGAUCUGUUGGGCAGGUCGGGAUUGUUGGAGGAAGCUUAUGGGGUCAUUAAGAGUAUGAGAUUCGAACCUAAUGUCAUUGUGUGGAGCUCUCUUUUAUCGGCCUGUAAGCAACAUAAAAGCUUUGACUUGGCCGAGAGAGUUAUUGAGCACAUAUUGGAAAAGACAGAACCUAAUAAUCAUGGUGGAGUUUACUCUCUCGUAUCUGAUUUGUAUGUUUUACAGGAGAAGUGGGAUGAUGCAGAAAAUAUAAGGAAUUUACUGAACCAAAAAGUACGGAAGGUUAGGGCUUAUAGCCUUAUCAGAAGUGGACUAUAA